UUCCGGCGCCGCGGCGGUUCGGCCCCUUCCGGCGGCGGCUCCGUGCGGGCGGGAUGGGGGUGACCUGCGUGUCGCAGGUGCCGGUGGCGGAGGGGAAGAGCGUGCAGCAGACGGUGGAGCUCCUGACGCGGAAGCUGGAGGUGCUGGGCGCCGAGAAGCAGGGCACCUUCUGCGUGGACUGCGAGACCUACCACACGGCAGCGUCCACCAUCGGCACCCAGGGGCAGACGGGGAAGCUGAUGUACGUGAUGCACAACUCCGAGUACCCGCUCAGCUGCUUCGCGCUCUUCGAGAGCGGCCCCUGCCUCAUCGCGGACGCCAACUUCGACAUCCUCAUGGUGAAGCUCAAAGGUUUCUUCCAGAACGCCAAAGCCAACAAGAUAGAGACCAGGGGCACCCGCUACCAGUACUGCGACUUCCUGGUGAAGGUGGGCACAGUCACCAUGGGCCCCAGUGCCCGUGGGAUAUCCGUGGAGGUGGAAUACUGCCCUUGUGUGAUAGCCAACGACUGCUGGAGCCUGCUCAUGGAGUUCAUGCAGAGCUUCAUGGGGAGCCACGCUCCCAGCCUCCCCUCUGUGUUUGGCACCAAGCACGACAGCAUCUACAGCCCGUCAGACACCAUGGUGCAGUACAUGGAGCUGUUCAACAAGAUCCGCAAGCAGCAGCAAGUGCCCGUGGCCGGGAUGAGGUGAAAGGACUCCCGGGAGCCCGGUUUGGAAUGACUGCAUCCUCUUUUCCACCUGCCCGUCGGGAUCAGGACCCUCCAAAAGGCAGCACUGGAGGCAGCCCAAGGUGGUGUGUUUCUUCUCAGUCUCUUUCCCCCCGUUUCAGAGCAAAGGUCUUGAAUUCUCUGCGUGUUUCUUGUCCUCCUUCGUGGUUUUGAGCGUGUCUGGGAUCGGGCUUGUGGUUCUGAUGCUUCUUUGUACAGUGCUUCAUGUGGGGGAUUAGUGCUCAGCAGGAAAAGGAGCAAUUCCAGCCAGAUCCGUGCCUGGAUUGGCAGAGCUCCCUGCAGGCACCUAAGCAGAGAUUUUCCUAAACUUUUUAAGAUAUCCACAUGUCUUUAUUUUUCAUGGAAAUAAAAAGCUGUGUUUUGUGAGGAGGUGGAAGUCUUUCCACACAGCAAGUGUGUGGGGCUGGGUUGGAGGGUUUCUUGUCAGCUUUUGCCAUCUUCUGUUACAUGGAGACAAAUAUUCAGCAGAGCUUUCCCUCUGAUUUGGUUCAAGGAGUUUAUACCCCUGAAGCAAACUCAUUUCCUUGUGGCAAAGAUGACGGGAAUUCUUGCAUUCCUGUUGCAUCCUUAGCUUGCCUUCAUCUUUUAUAUCUGAUGGGAGCGUUAAAAUGUUCUGCCUCUGAGAUGGGAUUGAUGAAGCCUCAUGAUAAAUAGAUAGGUCAGCCUGGCAGUGGGUGAUAAACAUGCUGUCCCUGCACACCACUGCUCAUCUGAGACAUCCCAGUGACUUCGGCAGGUUUAAUGGGGUAAGGAGGGAUCUUGAGGAGCCUGAAGAGCAAGUAAAACAGAAAGAGAUUUCUCCUAAAGAGACUUUUCCCUUCUGAAGCAGUGCAGGGGGGAAAGAAGCUGUUUUGUUGCUGACCGGUGGAGAACUAGUUAUUUAGAUAGGACUUUUCAUGGUGAUCAUUCAUACCUGUAAACCCAAAUAACUGUUAAAGAGCCUCAAGCACUUAGCGUGGGCAUUUAAUAAACUGAAUCAGCACUGGGUCCAGAAAGAUCUGUGUAAUGAGCCCCAGCACGAUGUCCUGUGAGCGUGUCAGAGAUUCCAACAUGCUGAAUACACUGAAUUUUUGCAGCUCUUAGCUCAAGUUCAUGCCAUGUCUGCUGCCUUUAGUGGGGCUGUUCAUUUGCAGGGAUGGAAAUGCAGUGAGAAUCUGACCUGCUGUCGUUCCACAUGGUGAAGUGUGGCUGGGAAAACAAACUGCAGUCUUUGUGGGGAUAGCUAUUUCUGUCCUGGUUUCCAUUUUCAGUCUGAAGGUUAAGAAAAAAAGUGCCUUUAAAUGAUCAGAUUGGUCAUGCUGAGUCUUGCUGAUGCUUCAUGAAUUCCUGAACGGUGCAUUCUGUAACCAGAGAUGUCAAAACUCUGGUCGCAUGUUUUAAAAACAUCCAAUGUGUGGAGUCUCUGGGGACUUUGUGCUCUUACUAACGCAUUGUACUGUUCCUAGAGUAAUAAACCAGGCCCCCU